AUGCCUAUAAAUAAUAUACAAUUAAACCAAGCCUCAAAGGGUAGUGAAUUUGAUAACCAGUCUGAUUAUGCCGAUGAUGAUGAGCACCGGUAUUCGUGUGGUGUGGGCUCGUGGAGGCCUAAAUGGCUGCAAGUAUUCGCCAGUCCCUUGUUUUUCGCCAUAAACUUCGGACUGAUAGGUAUAAUCCAGAGUAUGUCGGGAACCUAUUUGAUCGCAACCAUGAGUACACUCGAGAAAAGGUUUGCAUUUGACUCGAAAAUCGCGGGAUUUAUAUUAAUUGCCGAUAAUAUCGUCGAAUUAACAUUGAGUCCAAUCAUCGGUUAUUUAGGCAAUCGGUACAGUAGGCCGCGUAUGUUAGCCAUUGGUGAAGUCAUACUAUCCCUGUCAUGCCUUAUGAACGCACUGCCAUACUUCAUAUAUGGUCCGGGUACACACCUACUCUACGACGAUAGCUUACUGUCCCAAUUGAGUCGCAAUGAAACCCGUUAUGAGUUCUGUGCGGCCAAUCACACUGAUAUCGACUGCGGCAAUGGAAAGCACUCGACUGUAUGGGGGGCGGUGGUGCUCCUAUGGAUCUGCAGUUUUGUUAGGGGACUGGGAUUUACGGCAUAUUUCGUAAUAGGCUUUCCUUAUAUUGACGAUAAUGUAAGCAAGAACAAUUCGGCCCUUUAUUUGAGCUUUCUAUCUGCUCUGAGACUCGUGGGUCCGGCCGGGGGUUUCAUAUUGGCCUCACUAUCGCUACGGCGUUUAGCUACAAACCGUGUAUUUAUGUUUCAUACGAUCGGGAAUGCCUUUCGUUAUAUAGGGUUAGGCGGUUAUUUCAUAAACAAAACCAAAUAUAUUGAGUCUCAGUUCAGACAGUCCAGUUCCGGUGCCAGUUUCAUCACUGGUACCACAUCUGUACUACCCAUGGCUAUAGGUAUCAUUUUAGGAGGGGUUAUGAUUAAGUUUAUAAAACCCCGACCCCUCACACUUAUUAUAUUCAUGUUUGCUGUCGAGUGGUUUUAUAAUGGAGGUAUGCUGUUUGGUAUGUUCACCGGUUGUCCACCACUAAAACUACCGGUUCCUAUACCUACUGUUAAUAAUAAGUAA